GUGUCGCGGAGACCUGGGCGGGGCAGCCAGGCGGUAUUUAGCGCUCGCCCGGGCCGCCCUGCUGUACUGCGGGCUGGACCGUGCGGAUUUGCUCUUUGUUCUGCUCUCCGGGCGGCUAGGUUUCCUUUUUAUCUCCAGGAGGAAAAAAUGGCAUCUGUUGCAAUUGAUCCACAACCGAGCGUGGUGACCAGGGUGGCCAACUUGCCCUUGGUGAGCUCUACCUAUGACCUCGUGUCCUCCGCUUAUGUCAGUACGAAGGAUCAGCAUCCGUAUUUGAGAUCCGUGUGUGAGAUGGCAGAGAAGGGUGUGAAGACCGUGACCUCCGUGGCCGUGACAAGUGCCAUGCCCAUCAUCCAGAAGCUGGAGCCACAGAUCGCUGUUGCCAAUACCUAUGCCUGCAAAGGGCUAGACAGGAUCGAGGAAAGACUGCCUAUUCUGAAUCAGCCGACAGCUGAGAUUGUUGCCAAUGCCAAAGGUGCUGUAACUGGGGCAAAAGAUGCAGUGACGACUACUGUGGCCGGGGCCAAGGAUUCUGUAGCCAGCACCAUCACAGGGGUGGUGGAUAAGACCAAAGGAGCAGUUACUGGCGGUGUGGAGAGGACCAAGUCUGCGGUCAACGGCAGCAUCAACACAGUUUUGGGGAGUCGGAUGGUGCAGCUUGUGAGCAGCGGAGUGGAAAAUGCACUUGCCAAGUCAGAGCUCCUGGUAGACCAGUACCUCCCUCUCACUCAGGAGGAGCUGGAGAUAGAAGCAAAAAAGGUGGAAGGCUUUGAUGUGGUGCAGAAGCCAAGUUACUAUGUACGACUGGGGUCCCUGUCCAGCAAGCUGCGCUCCCGGGCCUACCAGCAGGCCCUCAGCAAGGUUAAAGAUGCCAAACAAAAGAGCCAGGAGACCAUUGCUCAGCUCCAUUCCACCGUUCAUCUGAUUGAAUUCGCCAGGAAAAAUGUGCACAGUGCCAACCAGAAAAUUCAGGGUGCCCAGGAUAAGCUCUAUGUCUCCUGGGUGGAGUGGAGGAGGAGCAUCGGCUAUGAUGACACUGACGAGUCCCACUGUGCUGAGCACAUUGAGUCACGUACUCUGGCCGUCGCCCGCAACCUGACUCAGCAGCUUCAGACUACAUGCCAGACUCUCCUGUCCAACGUCCAAGGGCUACCACAGAACGUUCAAGAUCAGGCCAACCACUUGGGGGUGAUGGCAGGCGACCUCUACUCAGUGUUCCGCAAUGCUGCCUCCUUUAAGGAAGUGUCUGAUGGCUUCCUCACUUCUAGCAAGGGGCAGCUGCAGAAAAUGAAAGAGUCCUUAGAUGAUGUGAUGGAUUACCUUGUUAACAACACGCCUCUCAACUGGCUGGUAGGUCCCUUUUAUCCUCAGUCUACUAAGUCUCAGAAUCCACAGGUGGACAAGACCAGCCAGGAGGUCCAGCAGUCCGAGCUCAAAACUCUCUGAACCUGUCCUUGUCACUAGUGCAUGAUGUAGCCAGGUGACAUCUUUUGCUAGUUUGAAAUUAACCCAGUAGGUGACUUUAGAUUGGAAAAGCAGCUAGUUCAAACAAAGGUCCUCAUUAUGGUCAUUAGUGGCUGAAUUAAGUGCUGUAAAGGGGCCGGCCGCCAUUGGCACAUGAGUUCUUUUUCCCUGGCUGGUGAGCGGAAUGUGUUAGGCAUGUGAGAGCCUAGCCAGAACUUAAAAGCUCAGGUGUACUUAUACAUUUUUGUCUGUGGCCUUUGUGCUGUUGGCUGUAAAUGUCUGUCUGUACCGAAUAAAGAUUCAUUCAUGUAGCUUCUGCUUUGAACUGACAUCUGCUCCUGCAUAUUCUGAGCAGGCUUCAUCAUUGUUCACCUCCAGGCGCAUGCUUGUGCAACUUGAAUUUAGUUUUCUUUUUUUAUUCCCUAUGAAGAAAUGCCACCUUUGGACUCAAUAAAAUUCACAGCAGGAUGGAGCACUUUUA